AUGGCGGACGACGUACGCGAGCCGUCGAAGCAAACACCAUCCCAUCCAAAUGAUGGAGAAGCUUCUUACAAUCGCGCCCGUCGUGCCGCUAUGGCUUCCAAAUUCGCUGCGGUUGACCGAGCCAAGGCUCUGCGCCAAGAGAUCCCAGAGCCAGACAAGCCUUUCACACCUUGCCACAUUUUCUUCUACGGCUCUCUCAUGAGCCCACAAGUACUUCAAACCGUGGCUAAACUAGAAAAUACACCACUCACUCAGAAAGGCAUCGUCAAGGGGUUUAAAAUCAAGAUGUGGGGCAUAUACCCAGCGGCCAUCCCGUGCUCAGACACUGUUGAUACGGUGGCGGGGACUGUGUGGCACGUCGACGAGUACUCACAAUUAGCUCGUCUGCAGGAAUAUGAGACAGGUGCAUACAAGCUCUAUGAAUGCGAGAUUGAGGUCGAGGGUGGUGAAAAGCUUUCAGGGUCCAAGAUGUUCUGCUGGGCUGGGGAACAUGAUAGCCCUGAGCUUGAAGAGGGCGUGUUCGACUUUGAGCGAUAUCAGAAAUAUUUCAUGCCGUCGGUGAUCGCCGCGGGCACACAGUGA